AUGACCAGUCCUGACGCCGCAAGAGACAAAUUCUACGAGGACCUGCAUGCUCUCCUGGCGUCCGUGCCCAAGGCGGAUAAGUUGAUUGUCCUUGGUGACUUCAACACCCGCGUCGGCACGGACCAUGCAGUCUGGAGAGGAUUGCUAGGUCCCUCUGGUCUCAACGGCUACAACGACAAUGGCCUGCUCCUUCUACGAACCUGCGCAGAACACCGCCUCAUCCUGACGAACACCUUCUUCUGUAUGUUGAUGCGAAAGAAGGCCACCUAGAUUCAUUCUGCGUCGCAUCAGUGGCGCAUGCUGGACUAUGUCCUCGUCCAGAUGCGAGAUCAGCGGGACGUGCUGGUGAGAAAGGCGACCCCGCGUGCCGACAGGUGGACUGACCAUCUUUCCGUCAUCUCCAAGAUGCGGAUUUGUCUACAGCCUCAAAGAAGCCCUCAAGGUAAUUGACCCCCAAGUAAGCUGAAUAUCGCCUUGUUGUCUUUGCCCGCUCACCAUCUCCAUUUCAGCAACGAACUAGCUCAAUGGCUAGACAGCCUUCCAGUCGCUGCCGCCACCGCCGCCGCCGCCACUGACGAGAACAACUCCGUGUAGAACCAGCGGUGUCAACUGCAGGAGACAGUCCAGUCGACGACCUUGGCUAUCCUCGGUCACGCACGUCACUGAUAUCAGGACUCGCUCAAUGACAACGACGCCGCCAUCAGAAAACUGCUCGCCGGGAAGAACCGCCUGCACAAAACCUACGUCGACCGCCCCGCCGACCACAACAGAUCAACCUUCUACCGUAGUCGUCGCUUUGUAAAACAGUGGCUGCGCGAGAUGCAGGACGCCUGGAUGGCUCGCAAGGCCGAGGGGAUCCAAGGGGACGCUGAACGCAUCGAAUGGAAGAACUUCUUCUCCGCGAUCGAAACGGUCUACGGUCCGCCAAUUAAGGCAGCUGCACCUCUUCUCAACGCCGAAGGAACUAUCCUACUAACCGAGAAGACACAAACUCUACAGCGAUGGGUCGAACACUUAGGAGGCGUCCUCAACCGCCCCUCCACCAUCUCCGACACCGCCGUCGCCGUCUGCCGCAAGUGGAGACCAACGUCGACCUCGACCCCCCACCUUCUCUCCACGAAACCAUCAUGGUUGCGCAACAGCACCUCAGCGGGAAAUCGUCCGGAUCGAACGUGA